AAAAGAAAUUCAGAAUCUUUUUUACAACUUUAUGGAGGUGGGUUUCUCUUCUUUUGAAGCACCAGAGCACCACCGCCCAAGCAGAGCUCUCUCGCAGUCGCCGGCCUUCACCGAUCCACGGCGCUCUCGCUUCUCCACCACCCGAGAGGAAGAAGACUUCCUCCCCCGUUGUGGGCAGAGCCCGUGCAAGCACACCGACCAUGAGAUGAGCUGUACACAUAUACGGUUUCCGGCCUUGCUCUCGGCCGGGCUGACGCUGCCGGCGGUCGCCAUCGAAGCCGCUUCAGUCCCCGGCUUCUUUACACUUUCCCUUCCGGCAUUUUCUCCCAUAGUCCUUGCCACGCCCAGCCCCCACCUAAACCCCUUAAAACCCCAUCACCUGCUCCCGAUCUCAGAGAGCAGCUUUCCGCCUCCGGAAGCAGCGAUUGCAACAAGCUCAGGAUCCAGUAGCGCUUAGCUUAGCGGCCGGGGAGGAGGAUGCUGGGUGCGGCGGGGGCGGCGGUGAAGGCGGGGAGCCGGCCGCCGUGGCUGGGGCUGGGGGCGGCGGUGUGGGUGCAGGCGGCGGGGGGGACGAGCUCCGCCUUCGCGCUCUAUUCGCACGCACUCAAGGUGGCGCUCGGCGCAGACCAGCGCCGUAUCGCGCUGCUCGGGGUCGCCUGCGACGUCGGGGACAGCCUCGGCCUGCUGCCCGGCGUCUUCUGCAACAAGCUCCACCCGGCCCUGCUCCUGCUCGUGGCCGCCGCCUCCGGCGUCCUCGGCUACGGCGCCACCUGGCUCGCUGUCUCCGGCGUCGCGCCGGCGCUGCCCUAUUGGCUGCUAUGGAUUGCAUUGUGCCUUGCUUCAAACAGUGGCGCGUGGAUGUCGACCGCCGUUCUGGUUACCAACAUGAGGAACUUCCCACUCAGCAGAGGUGCUGUUGCUGGAAUCCUCAAAGGCUACUCUGGUUUAAGUGCAGCUGUCUACACUGCCAUUUACACCGGCGUGCUUCACGGUUCAGCUGCAAACCUGUUACUUUUUCUCACUCUGGGGGUUGCUGCUGUGUGCCUUCUGGCAAUGUACUUUGUGAAGCCUUGUGAGCCUUCUCUGGUAGAGAAUUCGUCGGAGCGAGCUCACUUUCUGUUCGUACAGAUCGGUAGUGCUCUUCUUGGGGUUUAUCUUGUUGCGGCCACGACAUUAGAUCAUGCCGUGACUCUUACCCAUGCUUUGAACUAUUCCCUAAUUGCUGUUAUGGCCCUUCUCCUUUUCGCACCACUUGCAAUACCCCUGAAAAUGACAUUGUUUCGAAGUAACCGAGUGAAAGGAUCUUCUGCCGCUGAUAACAAUCCUACAGAACCAUUUCUUCCGCCUUCUUACUCUGGAUCAAACUUUGGCAAUAUUGAAGAUGAGGAUGCUGCAGACAUUGACGUUCUAUUAGCUGAGGGUGAAGGGGCUGUCAAGCAGAAGAGAAGAAGACCAAAAAGGGGAGAGGACUUCAGAUUCCGUGAAGCUCUUCUGAAGGCAGAUUUCUGGCUACUCUUUGCAGUGUUUUUUAUAGGCGUUGGAUCUGGAGUCACCGUUCUUAACAAUCUAGCACAAGUUGGAAUUGCAGCAGGUGCUGUUGACACAACUAUAUCACUCUCUCUCUUCAGUUUCGGCAACUUCUUUGGCCGCUUGGGAGGUGGUGCUGCUUCUGAUUAUAUUGUCAGGUCUUGGACACUUCCACGGACAGUAUUGCUCACAUGCACCCAAGUGGUGAUGAUAAUCACCUACCUAAUCUUCGCACUGGGACUCCACGCUACGCUCUAUAUCUCUGUCGCUGUACUGGGUGUCUGCUAUGGUGUCCAUUUCUCGGUGAUGGUAUCGACUUCAUCGGAGCUGUUCGGACUGAAGCAGUUUGGGAAGAUAUACAACUUCAUCAUGCUGGCGAAUCCACUCGGCGCUCUGCUGUUCAGCAGUCUGGCUGGGUAUAUCUAUGAUCUUGAAGCGGCGAAACAGCACAGCGCUGGAGCAGCAGUGGGCUCUGAUCAUGUCACGGUAUGCCACGGGCCCAGCUGUUUCAGGCUCAUGUUCUGUGUUCUGUCAGGGAUGGCAUGCCUGGGGACAUUGCUGAGCGUGGUUCUGACCGUGAGGAUUCGACCGGUUUAUCAGAUGCUCUAUGCAGGUGGAUCCUCGAACCAGCUCAGGAGCUCUGCACAUUGAUGGACGGUGACCGGUGAGCUUGCUUAGUGAUAUGUUGUAAUGUAUUGUACUUGAAACACGAGCACGGGCUUAUUUCAUUUUGGGUCUGUACUGUGGUUUUGGGACCUGGCUCUUGACUAGUUCAGUCUUGGUCUAUACAUAUGGUGAGGAAUGACAUGUGGUAUUUUUUGUCAUUGCUGGUUUCUGGUUGAUGCACUGGGCUGGAGCAUGAACCCGAGGAUAUAAUAGCUGAGUUGCUAUGCUUGUAUAUAAGUGCAAAUUGGGAUGUGUUACAAUGGUGUUUAUAUUUUGAGAAACCAACGUGUUGAAUGGUUUUCAGACAUGUUCCUUUUCUUAAAAAGUCCACUUGUAAUAAUAUCUUCUUGGUUGAAAGGUUA